AUGCAGCGAAGCCUUACCUUGGUCUUUGUCAGUUUUUGUGUUGGGUUUUGCUCUGGUUCAAGUUUUCCAAGUAAUAUAAAUAUAGGUGAGUAUUAUCAACACGGAAUGCUUAUUAUAUCACUACUGCCUCUUGUAAGUUUGACAUCUAAACUGCUGCGUAAUUCCAAAGUUGCAAGACAGUCCCCAUUCUUCUUAUUUUGUAAUAGGCUACAUUCAAAUAAUCGUUGUUUGAUGACAGUUGAUGUGCACCCUCUUCAAUGAUGGCCUUUGUCUUUCACACAGGGGGAUUGUUCCCAACGGGCUCCCACGAAUAUGAGGUUUUUCGGUUUGCACUCUCUCAUCACCAGGAUAUCCCCAAACUGGUACCACAAGUGGACAUG